AAGUUAGAAAUUAGUUUAGGCUUGUUAUUCGACCAAAGAAGUCAUGUCUGGAAAGGAUAAUCUUACGGCGGUUCUCUACGGAAUCGAGGACUUGCGAUUGGAACAACGACCGAUCCCGACACCGAAGGAUGAUGAGGUCCUGCUGGAGAUGGACAGCGUUGGGAUCUGCGGCUCGGACGUCCACUACCUCGUGAAUGGCCGCAUUGGGGACUUUGUGGUGCGCAAACCGAUGGUGAUUGGCCACGAGGCGUCCGGCAUCGUCGCCAAGGUGGGUUCCCGCGUGCACAACGUCCGCGUCGGCGACCGGGUUGCGAUCGAACCCGGGUACGGCUGCCGGGUGUGCGACUACUGCAAGGAUGGCCGCUACAACCUGUGUCCGGAGAUGAUCUUCUGCGCGACUCCGCCGUACGACGGCAACCUUACCCGGUACUACACCCAUCCGGCCGACUUUUGCUACAAACUGCCCGACCACGUCACGAUGGAGGAAGGUGCCCUGCUGGAACCGCUGGCCGUGGGAGUUCACGCCUGCCGGAGGGCGGGCGUCGGCUUGGGCUCCGAAGUCCUCAUCCUCGGGGCCGGUCCGAUCGGGCUGGUCACGCUCAUCACCGCCCGCUCAAUGGGGGCCGGGCGCAUCAUAGUCACGGACCUGCUCCAGAACCGACUGGAUGUCGCCAAAGAACUUGGCGCGGACGGAACGCUCGUAGUUGAACGUGGCGCCGACGAGCAGGACGUGGUCAAGAAGGUCCACGCCCUGUUCGGAGGUCACGCGCCGGACAAAACCAUCGACUGCAGCGGAGCGGAAGCCACCUCGAGGCUGUCCGUGCUGGCCACGCGUUCCGGCGGUUGUGCCGUACUGGUGGGCAUGGGCCCGGCCGAGAUCAAGCUGCCGCUGGUGAACGCCCUCUCGCGUGAGGUCGACAUUCGGGGCGUUUUUCGCUACUGCAAUGAUUAUCCGGGAGCGUUGAGUCUGGUGGCCAGCGGCAAGAUCAACGUGAAGCGUCUCAUCACGCACCACUUCAAUAUCGAAGAGACGGCGGAAGCGUUCAAUACGUCGCGGCAUGGGCUGGGAGGGGCCAUCAAGGUUAUGAUCCACGUGCAACCGAAGGAUAAAAAUAAUCCCAAGUAGAGCGUCGUCGAAUGUUACUACAGUAGUUGUUCGGUAACUGGGCUGCUUUUUAACUGGGCGCUCGAUAGUUGAGCCGUUGCCCAGUUAAAAAGCAGACAAACGUCAAAAAACCAAAACAAACCGAAAUGAUCGUGGGGUCACAAAUAAAAAAAAACUUUUUUCAAACUUUUAUGUAAUUUCAAGUCACAAUUAGAGAAAUAUGAAAAGUAAGCAUUGUAAAUAAAUGUGAGUAAAAAUUA